AACAAUGAGUCCCGCCUAUAACGUGUACACGUAGCAACCGAUUGGUCGUUUGUGACGUCACUGUUAGCCCACGCCUUUGCGCACGGCGACUGAAACCAGAGAGAAAGUCGUACGCCAUUCAAAGACAUGGCUAUUACAGCAGAUCACAUCCGGGAUAAACUUAUUAAGGAGCUUGUGGCUGUACAUGUGGAUGUGGAGGACACGUCACCCAACAGAUGUGCUGCCAGCUACAAAGUCCUGGUGGUGUCUUCCCAGUUUGAGGGCAAGCCGCUGUUACAGAGACACAGGAUGGUGAAUACGUGCCUAGCAGAGGAGCUGAAAGAGAUCCACGCUUUUGAACAAAAGACCCUCACACCAGAACAGUGGGACAAACAGAAAUCACAAUGACAUACAUGAAAUGUUCUGAGGACAAUAAAACACUUGGAUGCUGUA